CGCACUGGUAGUGACGGAGCACACUUUGGACAAUAAUGUGUAAACAUUGUGUUAACUGACAUCAUGUAGUGCUGAUAAAUACCAACAUUUUCCGAAAAAUACACGCCUAGACGUUUGUGCCGAGAAGAAUGAUACGCACAUCUCAAAAUUACCGUUAUAUUAGAAAAAAGUCUAUUGACUAGUACCACGGAAGAACACCAAAAUGCGCAGGAAAGUCACUAAUUUUGUACUAGAAAUUGAAGUGCACGCUGCUACUUGCCCAGGUGUGUGGCUGUGCCCUGAUGGAGAGGUUACUGCUAAAUUGAAGUUGUUUGGUGAUUUUGCUGAAACAAUGCAUGUUGAACCUGUUUUUCCCAUGCUGUUUCAUGAAAAAUUUACAUUUCAAAAGAUAUUUCCAGAUAUUUCUUUCUUAACUGAUUUGCAAGAAGCUUUGGAAAAAGAAAAAUUGUAUGUGGAUUUGAUUCAGUGGUCAAUAACGGGAUCAGAAUCUGUGUUGGCCACAUUUGAGACAACAUUGAUGGAUCUGUUGUAUCCUAGCUCAUGCAGGAGAAAAACUACUGAAGCUGACUUACUAAUGGAUCCAACGGAUGCCUUUCCUGGAAUCUUGUCACCAAAACUUGAAACUUCUACCAAAACCACAAUAGAAGAAAUCAUAUUGACAGAGAGUGAAUUACUUGAUGUCUCUACACCAUCAGCUGUGAAUGCCUCGAAAUAUGAACUGGAAAGGUAUGUUGUGCCCAGUAUCCGAGAUGCAAUAAAGAGACAACGGAAGGUAUGCCAUACCAGACUUAUUCAUGAGAAAAAAGGAGCAAACUGCAGUUACACGCUAUCACAAUCUCAGCAUGAGAAAAGUAGAAGACAUAGCCCUUUUUCAAUCAGAAAUCUUGACACCACUGUAAAUACAUAUGACAGCUUUUUGAACACCCCUUCGAAACGUGGGAGGAAAAAAGACUUUUUGAAGGAAACACCAUUAGGGCAGUGGACUUCUGUUUCAUCCUGGUCUGAUGAAUCACCAAUAAGACACAGCAGUGCAAUUAACAAGAGCAGAAAGAAUAGGAAAACUGGAACAGGUUCAUCAUCCAGUGGUGGUAAAUCCCCAUUGCGGAGGAAUACUACAUUCACAAAUCAGAAGAGUGCAAGAAUUGAAAUAGAUCCUGAAAGGUCAGUUAAUGUUCCUGAACCACAUGACACUAGUUCCUGCUUGAUGUGCAGCCAGUACAAUUCAGUUUUUGAAGAUGAUAAUGGUAACGACCACCUGUAUGCCUUCAUGCCUGAUGUCUUUCCCGACAGUGAUGACAUCUUCCAGCAGGAUAACUGUCCAUUCAUAAGACCAGAAUCAUGCAACAGUGGUUCAUUUGAGAGAAGAAAGACAUCUAACAAAGAAAUAUGUGCUGUAAGACAAAGAAUCAGCAGAGUUUCUUUCAGUUCCAACUGAUUGAUAACAUCAGCGACUACUGAGCCAUGGGCAGCUGUCAGUCAUAAGAUACACGGUUUUCCUUGUGCAUUAUCUUUUUGGAAUUGUAUUCAUUAAAAGCUCUCUCAAGUAACAACUCUUUUAUGUCAGUAAACAGCUUUAAAAAAUGAAUAUAACCACUU